GAAGAAAAGCCGCUGCCACCAACUCAUUCGACAACCACCACAUAUGUGAUUGCAUUAAUAUGGAGAGCCACUCGUGAUCAGCUCUCAUGCAGCCAAAGAGAAGGAAGCAGAAAGGUCAAUCGGAUGGGAAGAUCCCCCUGCUGCGACAAAGCCACGGUGAAGAAAGGCCAAUGGUCGCCCGAUGAGGACGCCAAGCUCAAGUCCUACAUCGAGCAGCACGGCACCUGCGGCAGCUGGAUCGCCCUUCCCCAAAAGAUCGGGCUGAAGCGGUGCGGUAAGAGCUGCCGCCUCCGAUGGCUGAACUACCUCCGGCCGAACAUAAAGCACGGAGGGUUUUCCCAGGAAGAAGAUGAUAUCAUAUGUAGCUUGUACGUCAGCAUCGGUAGCAGGUGGUCUGUGAUGGCUUCGCAAUUGCCCGGGAGGACCGACAACGACAUCAAGAACUACUGGAACACAAGGCUGAAGAAGAAGCUCUUUGGCGAGCGGCCCAAGGAGCCGCCGCACAGCCGUCGGGCUUCAGCCUGUGGCCAAAAGCAGGAAGCCAAGGGAGAUGAUAAUGGAGAUUGGCGGGAGCAACCUGCUCUGGUGUAUCCGACCGAUCACGUUAUGGGAUCAAGCUAUGGAGGUCCUCUUGUCGUACCAUCAUCGACACUUCCCCGGCAGCAAAUUUGUGAUGAUGAUGAUGAUGAUGGUGAUCUCAAUGGCUUGGCGUGGUCUUCGUUACUGGGAACUCCGGGUGGCCAAGCUUUGCAGGAUCCCAGUGGCUUCUCAAUCGAGCUCGACGAGGUACUUGGAUUCAACCAGGCGAACUUGGAAGAGAGCAACGUAACUGCAGAGUCGGAGAAGAUGAACUGGAAUGAAGUAAGCCCUUUGUUGUACUCGGAUCCAGUGAUCAAAGGCUGUGAAGGGAUGCAACAGUCUCUGCCGCAAGAGCAGAUGACAUGUAACUACGAUUUGAUAUAGAUCUGUUGCCUUGGAAUCGAUCACCGUUUGGAGUCUGCUACUAAAUUUGGUUCUUAGGCUAAUAUGGUAAGAUCUUCAGAAACAAAAAAGUGUUUUGUCGUUGAAAGCCUUUGGUGAGGAAGUUUUUGGUCUGAAA